GGUUUUGAGGUCAGGAGCAAGCUGAGAAAAGGAGGAGGAACCUAGAUCAAGGGGGGACCCGAGGUACGUUCUCUGUUAAUCCCGUAUUUCCAUAUUCUUGGAUGAUUUUUGGCUUGGUUACUCUGUUUUCUUGAUUGGUUUUUGAAAGAAAAACUGGUGAGGUUCACUUCAUCACGUCCAUUACGAGGUGUCUAAGAUCAUUGUUCGCACUUUUGCUUGGGAUAGACUCGAGUUUUUCUUUCCACCUAUAUUCAGCUUAGUGGUUUCCGUGAAAGGAGGCUUGAUUUAGCAAUAUGAUCUUUCUCUUUUCAUGCAUGGCUGUCAUCCUCGCGCACCCUCCUCCACCUUUCUCUUUACGCCACGCCAUGCACCUCAAGCCUUCUCGUUUUAGCAUGGCCAUGCAUGGCCACCUCUUGCCCGUACCCCAACCACCUUCUUCUAUUCUCCAGCAUUUAGAGACGACUAUGGCGGCGAUCGAGGCUCUGAACGACAAGAGCGGCUCCAGCAAGUCCUCUAUCUCCAAGCACAUCGAGUUGGCGCAUGGAGGUCUGCCGGCGGCUCACUCCACCCUGCUGGCGCACCACCUCAACAGGAUGAAGCAGAAUGGCGACCCCGUUAUGGUCAGGAACCACUGCAUGAAGCCUGACCCUAACGCGCCGCCACGGAAGGGUCGCGGCCGUCCUCCCGAGCCCGAGGUUCCUUUUCCUCCAGGAACCGUUCUCACGCCGCCGAGGCCUAGUUGCCAUCCGCUGAAGCCCAGAAACCCAUAUGCUCUGGUCUCUCCGCCGAAGAAGGUUUCCUCCGGAAGUGGAAAGCCACGCGGACGCCCUCCAUAGAAGCCCAAGGUGGGAACUUCGUCGGCUUUAGCGCCGGCGACCGGAGCAGCGAGACCUAGGGGAUGGCCGCCAAAGGCGAAGCCGGCGGUGGUUCCUGUUGGGUGUCGUUUCGAAUAGAGAUGUUGAGUGCUGUAGGAAUGGGUGUCUUUGGGUUUGAAUUAAGGCAUUAAGCCCAGCCGUGGUGGUAAUGGGUCUUGGGUUCACUCUUGGUGACGGGUUUGGGCUUGAGUUGGAGCCCAACCCAAGCAUAUUGAUGAAAGGCCCCAUGCCCCCUAUGCUAGCCACCCUCGUGGCCCAAGUCCAUGUUAAGCUAGCCCACUUGGUUACCUCAAUUUAAAAUGAAACCUCUAUACCUCUAAUCCUUCAAAAAUCCUAUAGCUUAAUUUAAUUUUUCGAUAAUUAAUUCAAAUCUCAUUUUCAUC